GCCGUUUCCUUCUACGACUUAUUAAUAAAGUGAAACUCAAUUUGUCUUUCCUUUUCCCACUUCCUGAUGUAUAUUCUACGUUGAUAUGUAUAUAUAUAAUGUUAAAAUCCUCAGCGGAGAUGAUGCACGGCGGGAGAGGAUACUUAUCGGCGCUCGCUCUGUGUUGUGCUCUUGUACUUACGGAUGUCAAUGGCUGAGGUUUGUCGAAAAAUGGUGAGUAGCGAAGGCUCCUCCGCAAACUGCCGGGAAGCUCGCCGGCGGCGAAUGGAGCUAAGGAAACUUGCUGGUGUCGCCGUAGUGCCCGGUUCGGAGUCACCUUCACGGGACAGUUUAAGUUGUAAGGAGAAACGCCAAGAUAAUUCCAAUCAUUCGGAUAAGAGGAAAAGAAAUCGAACGAGUGAAAUUUCUGACUGUCCAUCUCUAUCCUCUUCAUCACCGUCGUCAGAAAGCCGGGAAGCAGGAACUUCGUCGACUAUGCGGUCGACUUCAGUCCAGAUUUUACUUGACGAUACAGUUCCGGCUUUUGGUUCGAUAUCGGUCUCCGGGCGUUCGCGUGAGAUGGAGGAUUGCUUAUAUGUACGAGUAAACCUCUGCCGGCCUGAGAUUACCUGCGGUCGACCGCUGCAUUUCUUUGCUGUGUAUGACGGCCAUGGUGGUUCUCACGUGGCUGAAAUGUGUAAGGAGCGGAUGCACGUGUUCUUAGAGGAGGAGUUGAUGCGGGAGGAGUCGGAAUCCGGUGAGGAUGGUAGAACCGCGCAACAGGAGCGGUGGAGGUCGGCGAUGGGGAGGUGCUUUGAGAGGAUGGAUGAAGUGGCGCUGAACGCGUGCGCAUGCGGGAAAGUGGUGACGCCUUGCGAGUGUGAACGAGCUGGGUUGACGUCGGAGAUAGUCGGGUCGACGGCUCUGGUGGGUGUUAUCACACCGGAUAGUAUCAUUGUUGCCAACUGCGGGGACUCGCGCGCAGUUCUCAGCCGUGGAGGGAAAGCCAUACCUCUAUCUUUCGAUCACAAGCCGGACAGGCCGGAUGAGCUGUCUCGAAUCGAAGCGGCCGGGGGACGGGUAAUCUACCUGAACGGAGCUCGAGUCCUCGGAAUUCUGGCAAUGUCCCGGGCUCUAGGUUGUUUUGGUCCCACAAGAUUGGAUCCGACGGUGUGCUGUCGCAUUCCUAUUUGUGCAAUUGCAACAUCUAGGAAAAGAACCUCAGAAGGAAUCACGAGUGAAUGAGUCAAGGCAGUGCCUUGCUCUUGCCUUUCUCUUUUUUUUUUUUUCCUACCCCUUCAUUUUUUUUUUACUAAGAACACGUAGAACCUGGAAACAUUGAUUUUUUAGUCGCUGUCUAAGAAUUCCCACAAUAAAUUUUAGCUCCACCGUACAGUUGGGUAGGUGUCAAGAUCGGAAUUGCGAUUUGAUAUUUUGAAUUGUUGUUGGUCAGUAAUAUAAUUUAUAUUAUUUUUUUUAAACUUCUCUUGCAAAGCACUCCGUUCGGAUGCCACCACCUGUCAUCUAUUGGUUUUCCAUGAUGAAAACUCUACGUACAACUUUAUUAGAUGAAUAGCAAACCAGAAACAUCAGCUAUGUUUGAUGUUGACUAAGAGUAUGAGUGACAGGGUCGUUCCUAAUCCCAGUCCAACCUCUCUAAGUAAGAACUAAGAAACCUUUGGUCGGUCCUCGGUCGGAGCCCGUGCCCAGGUCCCAGGACCAUCUUUUUCAAAUGCUUAUAUUUCUAAUCUUGGCCCAAUGAAGCAGUCACCCUUUCUUUAUAUACUGGUUUUGUUCUUGAACUCAACAAAACUUUACCCAUCAAUUAGGGUUAGGCCAAUGUUUUAAAACCCAAUCGAGAACCAGAACCGCUUUGGCCACUGGUUUCUGGGUCAGUGGUUCAACUGCCCGAUCAAAUGGAUCAUCUCUAGUCAUUUAAAAAAAAAAUUAAAAAAUAUGAUUAAAAUAAAAAAUGAUUCAAAAACUGUUUUUGGGUCAAAUUGUGGUUGAUGGUUCGACUACCCUGGCUUAUGAGAAUAACAGUUUGGGGCUGAAAAGGAACUGGUAUCCAGACCAGUUUCCGGGCUGAAGGGUCCAACCAUCUUCAUCAACAAUGGUUCGAAAACCUUGGCUUAGGAGGCUACAUGAAUCCUGUUCUUCCAUUCCGCUAUGUCAAUGCAAGGUCUUCUAUUAAAAAAUUCUAGAAUGUGGAGGCAUUAUUAUUCAUGGCCUAAGAAUGGUGGGGUAAUAAAAAGGGAUGGAUAAGUUUAUGGAUUUCAUAUGUUUUACUUUAUGGGUCUAAGAGUAUUUACCAAUGUAAUGACCACUGUAUUUAUCUGUUAGGUUGUUGGGAGUUUUCCAAUUCCUUGGAAUAUAAGAAGAGACAUUUAGGCUCAGUCCAGGAGUACAAAUACAAAUAUGUAGAGUGCAAAUCCUUGUAUUUUGCAUUAUUUUGUACUGUACAUAUUUGUAUUUGUACUCCUAAGUUCUAUCAAUCUGAUCCAAUGAUAUUAAUCUGGGUUUCUUGCCUUCCUAGUCUCUAAUAUAUAUUCAUCAAAAAAGGCUGUCUUCAAGGAAAAAGAUUAGUUUCCAAGCUCAUGAAUUUGGAUUAGAAACUGGACCUCAAUUUGGAUAUAAUUUGAUCCCAUCCAAGUCCUUGUUUACUACCUUAUUGACAAAGUUCUUGCACCCCUUGCUGCAAAUGACCACACAGGGGAAGAAUCUUCUACCAAAGAAUAUGCAAAAUAUUUAUUGGGAUAUGGAAUUCUUGUUUUAUUUGAAAGGGAGUGGUGUGGGGUGUUGCCUUAUCUUUUUUUUUUCCCUUUUCUUUGUUUGUAAAAGGCUCCUUUUGUUUGUGGUUUGAAUUUCUUUUGCACUGGUGUAUAUGCAUGGGAAUGCAAAUGGUCUGAGUGCAAAUUCUGGUUUACUUUUGCUUUCAAUUUAUCUUUGUUUUGUUUUUGUUUGUGAGGAGCAAGAUAGCAACGUCGUGGUCCCCUCUUUAUAUGAAAGAGAAUGGUGGCAAGGAGAAGGGUUGUCUAUUUGGAAGGAUUAAAAUAGGAAGUAAAAUGAUGUGAUCGACAGACUUUAAAAUGAGAGAAUUAAGUGGGGAUGAUCAUAGGCCGGGUCAGGCUCAAGCUGGACCAAGUUUUUAUAGGCUUAUUAACAGCCAUUAGGGUUGCUCAGGCCAGGAUAGGAUCUGGGCUAGCCCAUAUAAAUUAAUAAAAUAUAUUUUUCCAAAAAUAAAAUAUUAAUUUAAUUUUAUAAUCAAAAUUACGAAAAUGAUAGAUAAAGCACUAAUGGAACAGAAUGGCCAAACAUGGUUCCUGUAACUGACCCUAUAUAGUUGAGGCAAGGCUUUUGGAAUGCAAAUUUUGCACUACUGAUAAGUAACUGAAACAAAAGUGCAAAUUUUAUAUCAGAUAGAAGUACAAAUCAGUCAUAGUCACAAACAAACAGAUGCAUAACUGAAUUUGUUUCUGGUUCAGAUUUGCACAGCAAACAAACAGAGCCAAAGAGAAAAAAAAAA